GAUUUGUAGGCUUUAGAUUUUGUUACUGUGCCUCCCUGAAUUCCUUGUGUUAUGCCUGGUCGCCCUAGUUUCCAUGUUUGUGAGUUUCUUGUUUUACUUUGACAGUCCUGCGUUAGUCUGUUCUGAUUCACUUUCUCCCUGUCUCAUGUGUGUGAUUAGUCCCAGCUGUGUUCCCUCCUGUUCCUCAUUUCCUCGUUACCCUCUUGUGUAUUUUGUCCUCUGUCGUCCCUUAUCUGUUGUUGGUUUGUCUGAUUUUCUCUGUAAAACCCAUCACUACAUAGUUUAUGCACGUUUCUCAGACAGGCACAAACAUUUUCACACUUUUCUCUCUUGUUUAUGUCACACAGUGGAAAUUUGUGUUUUUAUGUUGUUUUGGAUCAUACUGUGUAUUGGUACAUAGAGUAUUGAUUUUAUUUACAUGGUUUUAUUGUGAUAUUUAUAUUGUAUGUUUUAGUGUUGUUGCACAAUAUUCUUUCAAUCUACUGUGGACUAGGCGGACAAUAGUAGGCACCUGUGGAGGUGGGGGUGUUCCCCGAGGCGGCCUAUCAGCCACCAAACUGACCUGUUAAAGGGGAUGAUGAGCGCAGAGACGCACGAAAAGUGAGCAGGAGGAAAAGAAACGCGUGCAAGCCAGCGUACGUUAUGGCAGGCGAUUUUUGGCACUAAUGGCUUGCCAAAGGGGUGUGCCUCUGCCUGCAUCCGUGAGUAUCGCUUUCCCACUGGAGCAGCUUUGCCAGGGGAGGGUCGCAGCGGCUGUGCCGACAACGUUGAGAAGUGCUGUUGACAACGUUGCUGGCCCGUGUCUGUUUGUUUCAGGGCGGUGCUACGAGGGAGGCCGUGUUCAGGUGUGGAGUGUCGCUGUACUGUGCGGUGACGCGCCGUCAAGAGGAGACAGUGAACGGAGAACGUGCCAGUGGCCCUGGGACCUCAGGUGGUCCGCGGCUGCUGGUAAGUCCAAGUUCCAUGAUUGUUUUAAUUUAAUUUAUGGCACUGUCAACAACGACGCUACAUUUUGCUUUCUAAUAUUUUAUUUAUUUUAACCAUAAAUAAAACUGUAUUGAUAUUGGAGCCAACCUGCCUCGGUGUGCAUCCUUGAAUCUGUGCGGCCUCUUUUUAUUCCUUUUAUCUAUUUUUCUUAAAUAUAUAUUUCCUGGGGGUGAAAUUCCCCUUCUUCUGAUACAGCAUGCCCCUUCUAAACCAUCUUACACGAGGUUUUAAUCAUCGCUGAUGAUGAACACUACCUGAACAAUGACUCAGCAGGCCGAAACUGAAGUGCCUUUAAAAAAAAAAAAAAAAAAAAAAUCACUCAAACAGUAUUGUACACAGCUCUUUCAUAUUAUUCAUGGUACGGAAGCUUUGAUAUAUAAGUGCUUGAAAAAUUAAGGUUUGUAUGCAGAGAAGGGGAUCUGCUGUCCACUCCCCUCCCUGGACUUAAUUGCCAGCUCAAGAUGUCUCACCGGAGCCAGGGCAAGUAUACAGGACCACCUGCGUUCUAACCACCACCUCUUCAACAUCCCGCCCUCUGGAAAAAGGUACAGAUCCAUCAAGUGCAAAAACAGACUAAGGAACACCUUCUUCCCGUGGGCUGUCAGAACUCUUACUGCAAACUAAGAGUGUGUACAGACUUGUCCAACACAUCCACUCUGACACUGCUAUUGAUCAUCCAUGUGCAAUAUCGCAGUCUUUCCAUGUUCUGUGCAAUAUUUUUAUUUAUUUUUUUUUAAGCUCAUGUGCAAUAUCUUUGGUAUGUGCAAUAUUUUUCGGUCUUGUGUAGUACUUUGGUCUCAGUAGAAUUACCAUCUCCACCCUAAAUCACCAUAGCCCCUCCACCCUUAUUUAUUUAUAUUUUAUAAUUGCUCUUGCAUACAGACCCACAAUGUUUUUUUCAUUGUUUCUUACGCAUACACCAUGUGUAUAGUUUCACUCACAUAUAUGUAUAGAUAUAUAUUGCUUUUUAUUUUAUUUUUUUUCCCUCAUUGUAUAUCGUUUUCUCUCCUUACUUUUGCAGCUUUGUGGUCCAGCUAUCCAAUUUCACUGUGCAAGAAACUGCACAAUGACAAAGCUCUAAGUUUCUAAGUAUCAUUUCUGACUGAAAGAUAUUUACUGCAGUUUAUUAAUUUGUAUGCAGUAUCAUAUAUAACCUCUAGAGGGAGGCAUUGAAACUGAAUCAUACAGCUUUUCAUUCUGGAGUUGUAAAUCUGCCUUUGUGUUUGUGAUGUUGACUGGCUCUUGCUCUGGGAGGUUGCUGCUCUUAUAGGCCCAUGAGCCACUUGUUGCUGUUGUGUCAGGCAUCUUUCUCCCAGAUGAAGAACUUGGCCUCUGCUUCUCUGCUGUAUCUCUUCAGCCUUGGGGCCAGAUCUGUGAGCCUUUGUUUGGCAGUUUCUAGUCUCCGUUACAGAUAUCUCUUUGUACCUUUUUCAUAACACCCUGCUGUAUUUUAGUUAACCAACUAUAAAAUCCUUCCUGGUUUAACACUGAUGAAGCGCUAAUGAAUUAAUACAGGCUAGGUAUUGAGUGAAAUAUUAGGUUAAUCAGAACACUGGCUUCCCCGAGUUCAGCUUCCAGCCUUCUUCUCUAUUAGGGCCUUCCUCUAGAUGCUUUUUGAUUUUAUAUACAAGUCUGGGAUUGCUGUGGCAGUGCUGUAUAUGAGCUCAGUGGUUUCAGUAAUACUGGUAGACAGGUGUUCACAUUUUUGAGCAUAUCCUCUGAUGGUUCUCCGUAAGUGAGCUGGGGGAGUUGGGUGACAUUUGACUUGAGGGUUUUUUUUUAAUAUAGUGCAAAAGUCUUGAAAUAGUGUUCAGCUACUCGAUUUAAUAAUGUAAUAAAAGUUGAAAUAAGACUGAUUUACAGCUCUUAUUCACUGAGCUUUACUCAAGUGAGACUCUGAUUUUCGCUCUGCCUCCAUCUGCAGGACAGACUCCAUCAGAGCAGAUACUACUUUGCAUGUGAUUCUCCUGAAUUGCACAACAGGGUACACACCAUGUCGAAAUGUAAACUUUUAUUAAAUUAAAAUGCAUCUAUAAAAGUCACACAUGAUGUUGUUGUUCAAAAUUAUGUUUACAGUGCAAUUCUUUUUUUUUUUCUUUUCUUUUUUUUUUUUAAGCUGAACACAUUCUCCACAUUCCCCUCCCCAAGUACGCUUACCUGCACUUAAGAAGUUUCAACACGGAAGUUUUAGGAUUACGAUGGUGGCUGAGUGAGUGCAGUAGACUGGUUUGUCUACUCUACUCCAAAGUAAGACACAGGAAAACUCAUUUGUUCAGGCAUUGAUCCAAAAUAGGUUUGCUGAACAUUUGGCAACGGGUCCUCACUGGGAGUACGACCCGAUGGCAUCCACCGGACAGUUGCUUCCAAGCAACCCAGCACAAGGAGCAAGGUCCAGGGAGAGUCCAUUGAUCAGCGUGAAAAUGUUCAGCUCCUCAGCUAUCACUCAAAUAUUAAUUGAUUUCCUGAUUUACUGCGGAAGAGCCAUGCUCAUCUUCUACCCGGUGUACCUGACAGGUUAUCUGGGCCUCAGUAUCAGCUGGGUACUGCUGUGCAUGUUUGUGCUCACUUACUGGAAGAAAAAUCGCCAGUGGAAGGACGCCCGAAUUGGAUCAGCCAUUGAGUUAGCGGACAGUGAAAUACAAGUGGUCAACACCGAGCUGAAAAGUGCUUUACAAAUGGCGUCCUGGGUGCAAUACACUGAUGUAGAGAAUGUUCAAUGGCUUAACAAGGUGUUGGAGCAGGCGUGGCCAUUCAUUGGGAUGUACAUGGAGAAGCUACUUAGAGAAAAGAUCCAGCCAUCCAUCAGGGCCUCCAAUCCUGCGCUCAAAGCAUUCACAUUUACCAAGAUCCAUUUUGGAUACAAACCUCUCAAGAUCACUGGAAUACGAGCAUACACACAUGAAGUGGAACAUAGAGAAGUGAUUCUAGACAUGAAUAUAAGUUAUGAUGGUGAUGUGGACAUCAGCACUGAUGUAAGCCUGGCAAUCACAACUCGUGUGAAAGGACUUAAACUCCAGGGGAUGCUGAGGGUCAUUUUAGAGCCUCUUAUUGGUCAAGCACCGCUGGUGGGAGGAGUCACUUUUUUCUUCAUUCGCCGCCCUACUCUGCACAUAAACUGGACUGGUAUGCCAAACCUUUUGAGCAUCCCUUCUUUAAGUUCACUGUCUGAGGAGACGACCUUGGAUGCUAUAGCUUCCAUCAUGGUGUUGCCCAACCGCAUGUGCAUUCCCCUCAUAGACAAGGUCAAAGUGGACCAGAUGAGGUUCCCACUUCCUCGUGGGGUGGUGAGGGUCCACUUGUUGGAGGCCAGAGAUCUGGUAGCUAAGAACACACACGUGAUGAAUUUAAUGAAAGCGAAAUCAGACCGAUAUGCCACACUGAGAAUGGGCAGCACGCUUUUCAAAAGCAAGACCGUCAAAGAGAAUUUGCUCCCAAAAUGGAAUGAAGUGUAUGAGUUUAUUGUCCAUGAGGCCCCGGGGCAGGAGCUAGAAUUGGAGCUGUAUGAUGAGGGCGCAGACAAAGAUGAUUGUCUUGGAAGAUAUAACCUUGAUUUUGGAGAAGUGAAGAGGGAGAAACAAAUGGAUCAGUGGUUUCCUGUGGACGGGGCACUGCAUGGUGAAGUUCAUCUUAAGCUCCAGUGGUUUUCCCUUCAGAGUGACACCAGCCUGCUGAAGGAGUCCACGGACAACUUUGCCUGUGCUGUGCUUGCAGUGUACCUGAACAGUGCCACAGAUCUACCACUCACAAAGAGAACCACCUGUCCCAACUCCUUUGUGGAAAUGUCCAUUGACGACGAUGUUAAGAAAAGCAAGGUUGCCUAUGCAUCUAAAGAUCCAGUUUGGGAAGAGGGCUUCACCUUCUUUGUGCAUAAUGUCAGUGCACAGGAGCUCAUUGUUCAGGUGAAAGAGCCUGAGAAGAAGAAUCUACUCGGUGUUCUCAACUUGCCCCUCAGUCACCUACUCAGAACCUCCAACCUGACUCUAGACCAGCGCUUCAUGCUGGAGCGCUCUGGAGCAAACAGCCAGAUCAAACUGAGGGUCACUCUGAGGAUUCUUACUUUGGAAGAGCCUCCAUCCCAGACUAUCUUCAGUCCUCCUCCACAAGUCAAACAACAACAGGCCAGAAAAUCAGGGUACAGCUCAGUCUCCAAUCCCUCCAGUGCUCCACCCUCCUCUUACACAGCUUCCUCUAACAAUAUCCCUGCUGCCUCUACUCUGAACCUGGAGGGAGCGUCACCAAGCGAAGGUUAUUUGGCUCAAGGCUGUGGCUCCUCCCAGGCGCCUGAAAACAGGAAGCAAUCAUCUUCAUCAAUAAACUUGCGUCGGUUUGACUCCCACAGCCUGCUGCUAGAGAACGUCAUCGAUUCAUCGAGAUUCGACCUGUCAGAUGGAGCCUCCUAUCCAGAGGCCAUUAGGAAUCAUCUGGGUUCAUUUGGAGAGAUUGCGCUGUCUGUACGAUAUGCAACCAUGAGAAACAAACUCAUGGUCUUUGUUAACAAUUGCAGGAAUUUAUUCCCCUGCAGUGAGAACGGCACAGACUCUUACGUCCGCCUGAAUCUCCUUCCCGACCAAAGCUUGAAGCAUCGUAAGAGGACCGGUGUCAAGAAGAGGACGAUCAAUCCCGUUUUCAAAGAAAAGUUUCAGUUCGAUGUGACACUCGGGGAAGCACAAACUAGGAAGUUGUAUGUGUCUGUGAAAAGUAACAAGAUGUUGGUCUCCAGAGAGAGAAAGGACAUUGGCUCGGUAAUAAUAGAUCUCUCACAGAUGGAUCUGGUCAAAGGCGUCACAGCAUGGUAUGAGCUCACUCUGCUUGGGCUGAAGAAAUCCAUCUAGCAAGUGGAACUGAGAAAAACUUUGCAACUUAAAAAUCACCUCAUCAGCCACUGCAGGGAAAACUGCAGACAUGAUGCUUGAAGAGUUUCAUACUCCUUUAUGGAAGUUAGUUUUUCUGCUACUUUUGGAAAAAAAAAAUCUUUGAUGAUGUGUAAAUAAGGAACACUCUGAUCACAGGCACAAAAUUCAUCUUCCAGUCCAGUAACACUGGAGGUCUUACUUGAAACUGACACACUUAAACAUAAGAUUAAAACAAGUUUGUGUCACUUUUUGUAUGCAAGAAAAGACAAUUUGUCAGAACUAUAACUGAUGACAUAUACAAGCAAAAAUCAGCUUGUUUUUGAAUGCUAAAUAAUAUUUUUACAGUUUCCAUCAAACUGCAGUAAGUUUAGGACUUGACCAUUAAUGCUGAUGGUUGAUCAGACAGUACCACUAAGUUAGUGUCAUGUGCUCUUUGUUCAACAUGUAUCUGGUCCCACUAUCCUCGCAAAAAUGCACUUUGGACAUAGCUUAUGCUAAGUAUUAACAACGUGUUUGUAUUACGAUCUGGAGUUCAAUUGAUGACUGUUAUUUCAGAGAUGAAUGUUUGAUCCUCUUCUUUAUUUUAAAGAUCCCCUCCACUAUUAUAAUGAAGCAGUGAAAGGGACUGGAUCUUUUUAUUUCAGCAAUCUCAAUCUAAUUGUGACAAGAAUAAUCCUAGGAUGACUAUAAUGUAUUUCUCAAUCAUUUUGUAAAUAAGGUGACAGGGUUACUGUAAGAUCCAAGUUCUCCUUAUGUUCCUCAGCAUGUGACGGCCCUUAGUGAGCUGAGUCCUUUACGUCAUUCUUUCCAGUUAUGCUUAAUGGCUCAGUUACAGUAAUGGGCUAGAUGAAACCCUCUUCAUACUUAUUAGAGAUUUUACCUCUUUCCUGUUUGGGACUUUUACAAGUAUUAGUUCUUCGUUUCUGACUACUGUUAACAACUCGUUGAAGUAAGGUUGUGGCAUUCCCUGUUUUAAGCAUCCCGAGCCAGUUUUGUUACUUUAAAAAAUCUAAUCUUGAUGCCAGUUCUGUUGGGAAUUGUUUCAAAAAUGCCAUUUACUCUAUCAGGAGAUUAUUAGAAAAAGUUGUGGGGAGUCAAUUCAGAUCCCUUUUAUGCAAGAAACAGAUUUCUGACCUGUUCCAGUUUGAUUUUCCAAAGCAGCACUUCCCUGAGAUUGAGGGACUAUAAUGAGCUUCUAAUGGUAUUUGAUUCAGGAAAUUGUUCUGUACUCAUUUUACUUGAUCUCAAUACAGCCCUUCAUACCGUUGACUAUGGUAUGUUACUUAAUAGGCUUGAGAUUUCGGCUGGUAUCUCUGGCUCAGUGUUAGACUUGUUUUCCUCUGAUUUUUCAGACAGGACUUUCUCUGUUUAAGUAAGCAACUCUAACAUUGCUUCUCUAACCUGUGAGGUUCCACAAGGUUCCUGGGUCUCUUACUAUUUUCUACUAUAUUGCCUAAAUCCUUCCUUUAGCUGCCAUCAUUCAACCUUUCCAUUUCUUAUUUAUUUAUGCUGACAUUCAGCUGUUUGUGUCUUUUAAGCCUUACCAGCUCGAGAGGCUAUCCACCCUAGUUCAAUGUCUAUCCCAACAAUUGAUUUGUUUUGAAUUUCAACAAGACUGAGGCCAUGAUUGUAGCUCCUCCUGAACUACACUGAAAAAUCAGUCAAGUAAUUGCUUCCUUUUGCUCGUCCAACAUUCAUAAUUUUGGUAUAGUAUUUGUUUCCGCUUUAGGCUUUAACUUUUAUAUAAAAUCUAUUUGACAUUUCUGUUUCUUUCAUUUAGGUCUAUAGUCUCCUCAGCUGAACUGGAGAAAGUGAUUCAUGCAUAACAUAAUGUCCUUUUUACCGGCUUAGUUAAAUCAUCUCUUUUUCACGUCCAAGCUUUACAAAACGGUGCAGUCAGACUGCUGAUGUGUUUUACUUUGGGAGCUCACGUCACCCUUAUGUCAUACUUUCCAUUGGCUCUCAGUAGAUUUUACAAUUCAUUGUGAAAUUCACAUUCUUGCACAGAGAUCACUAAGUGAACAAGGUCUAUUUAUCUAAGCUUGUUUUUACUCCUUCAAUCACAGACUCUGAAUUUAUUAACUGUUCCUUGUUAGCGACUGAAGACCAGGAGAGGGGUAGACGGCUGAGGACAGCUGAUUUUUAUUGUUAUUUAUGUUAACUGAUUUAUUGUCACUUUUAUUUUAUUCUUUUUGAACUUGCCUUUGUAUUAUUGUUAACAGUGUUUUGUUUUAAUCUUCUGAUUUAUUUUUAUUGUGAUUCUUCCUCAUUUUAAUUUAUUUGAAUGUACAGAACUUUGUGACUAUAUGUCUGUAAAACAGGUGUAUUAAUAAACAUUAUUUAAUCAGUCAAA